AUGGACGACCCAAACGCCUGGCCAGACAUUUAUUCAGCCGCCUUGGAUUGCGAUCUGCUAUUUGACAAGUGCCAGACACAGAUCGCCGAACCAAGGACAAUCGGGCUACUUAACGAAUCUGCUGCCGCCGUUGGCCGUCUUGCGAGAGAUCAUCAGGCCCGGUUUCAGGCUUGGGCAUCAUAUUUAGGCGUCUUUGCCGAAGAAGAUGUUUGCCUUGAUCGUCGCUUAUCCAAAAGCAAGGAUGUUCAGAUAAUGGUAAUUAAUUUGCUUCGCAUUAUCUUUCUCAAUUUGCGAUACUUUUUGCGAACAAUCCAUAUAAGAGACGAUGGUACUCGCAGGAUAGCCCUGAAAAGCGAAACCGAGUUGCAUAUUCAACAGUCGGCCCCAAGCAUUGACAAUUUCGCGGAUGACCUUAGACAAACGCAGGAAUCUAUUGAAGGAGCUAUUGAUCGUCUGCACCGUCUAGGAGUAACCAUCCGACAGUCUUCGACCGCCGGCUUGAUCUCAAGGGUGAGGGCCUUCUCAGCAAAAAGAUCAGAUUCCUCUCUAGAAGAAAUAUCAUUCUUGAUGAUAAAAUUCCUCUACCCAAUAGCGCCAUUGAAUCUUCAGCGCCUUCUCAGCCGGUCCAUCCUAGAACGCCACUUCAAUAUAGAGUAUCGAGGAGAGCACCAACGGCGCUUAGCAGCCCGUCGUAUGCUCGUCUUGGACGAUGAUGAUCAUAAAGAAGAUCAACCUCACGCCGACAAUGGUAGCCAAGAAGUGUUGAGACCGGCCACUAGAAAAGAUUACGUCAAUGAAGCGGCCGAUAUUGUUCGUGACGACUCUGAGAAGGAAACAGAUAUACUUCUUUCAAAGUCGGGAACGAAGCCAUCGACUCUCCAGACACAAGAAUUUGAGCGUAAGGUUAACGAGAAAAAGCCCCUUAAAGCUUUAUCCGCCAUUUCCAAGACAUCUUCGGUACCUAUAGGCGACGUUAAUUAUCCAAAACCACCAAAGCCUCAGGGAGAAUACGACUGGGCUACUUGUUAUUGGUGCUUUGAGUCUUUCCCACACGAUAAGUUCCAGAAUGUAAAAUGGUGGAGGCGCCAUGUCGACCAUGACCUUCGACCUUAUAUUAAACGAAAAAGGCCUACACAGACAAAAGUAAACGUUGGCGUUCAGGAAAAGCGUAGAAAAGUUCACUUUCAUGACGAAGGAGGGAGGAAAAACUUGGGAUUAACCAGUUCAAGCGAAUCGGAAUUGGAUCUGCCAAGUAGCCCGAGUACUGAGUCUGUUUCACCUCAAAUCAAGGAGCGAUUACAACGGAAACAACUAUCAAGACACAUAGCAACGCACCUAAAGGCUCUUUCGUUCGUGUCCCUCCGCCUCAAAGCUUUCCAGGAGCAACUUGAAAUAGGAGAUGAAGAUUUUGAUACGGAAGACGGGCAAGGGGACACAAGCGAAGAUGGCGGACCGAGUGGGCUCGAUACCGAGCUCGACGCGAUGUCUCUCGAUUUCGAGGAUGAUCCGCCCAUUCUAGAACUCAAUAGUGAAAAUUUACCUAUUUUUGAUUUGGUAUCGGUAUUCACAUCGUCACAACAGAUCCCACAACAGAUCCAAGUCUCCGAUCUUGGCCCUCCUGAUCUUGGGAUUGAUGCAAAUGAGAAUGGCGAUUCAGAGCGUAAAGUUUGGGGCCCGCGCUCUUAUGAUUGUUUUGUGAGCAGCCAAGAUAUCGAGGAAAGUCGAAACUCCUUUACAUCAAAAUUAGCAUAUGAAAAUAGCUCCACUGGCGCAACAAUAUGUCUCACAGACCGCCAGUAA